GCUUAUUAGCUGCUAAUAUUUCUGUUAUUUUCAACUCUCAAACGCUCAACAAAAUGCUCAAGUCAAUAAAGCGCGACAAAACUGUUGAUUGAUAUCAUUUCUUAUUUUUUCCGUGUUAAUUUAUGACCAUUAUAAAAAUUACGUACAUUUGCUAUUUGUUUAUUAUUGAUCAACAUCAUCUUUUUUUGAAAGGUUGUCAUUUGCAAAAAACAGUGCAUUUUCACCUUUAAAGCGUGUUUUAUCUCCAUCAUUUUUUUGUAAAAUUCAUCUCUCACCCGUAUUUUCACUUCCAAAAUGUCUGAUAAACAAGUGAUCGUCAAAACUGACAGGAAAGAUACUGAAACCAAAGAUAAAUCAUAUUACAAGCGAAAUAUCGGUGAAGAAGGGGGACGAUUUAACGAUCACGAAUAUCAUGAAAUAACUGAUGAUGGAGUAGUAUCUCCUCGAUUUGAGACUUUUGACUUUGGUCCUUCUCUGAUGGAUGAAGUUUUCAAAGAACUGGACAUCAUCAAGCCAGAAUUUACUGACGACUUAAAUGGACAACAAAAGACUAUUAAUGACUGCAAUUCCAAUGUGAAAAAUGAAAUCAAAGAAAUUGUAAACAAGCUAACAUUAAACAAGGAUAAAUCAAACAAGAGCAAAACCACAGUUAAACCAAUUUCUCCGGCUGAAGAGCAAAACUUGGAUUCAGCAAUUGCUAUGGCUAAGGAGCUUGCUACUCUAAGCAUGAUGGAAUUUGAAUUUAAACCUGUGACUGAACUUAAAAGUGUUGGUGAAAAUAGUUACUCUGAUAGCCCUAGAACACCAACCUCACCGAAUAAGAAAAAAUUUUCAUUCAAGUUUAAAAAUAGUCCUAAGGUCGAGAGGAAAAAUUUCAGUGAGAAAGCUGGAAAUAUAUCAGAUAUACAAUCAAUGUUGACUGAAGAAGCUAAAUCCGCUUACAGCAGUUUAAUCGAGAAGGGUGAAGGCCUGGAUAAAUCCAAAAUGGAAUCAGAUAAACGUCAUUUGCCGAGUUCACACCAUGUCUCCGGUGCUACUAUAACCUCUACUGCCGCCAACUCUGUUAAUUUGGGUAAUACAAACAUUAGUCAACCCAGUGAAACAGAUACAAUUGAUCUUAAUCCGUUGCGACUUUUACGUAAUGGUUUCUCUAUUAUUCCUAAAGUAAAGGGAAAUAAACAAAGAAUUGCCGCAACUCCUCAAACUGCAUCACUUGCCAGGCUCACAGCCAACGUAAAUCGAAGUAAUCUUGGUGCACCGCCGCCACCUCCUGCGGCUCCACCAGCUCUAACCAAUCCAACAUCUACCAAUUCAUUAAGCUAUAAUUCAAUAGGAUCUAUGCUCAUGGGACUAUCGGAUGAUAAUUCCCAACAAAAUGCACUUCCAUUGCCUCCUCGAGACAGAACUAAACAGCUCCAACCUGCAUGCUUAAAGCAACAUCAAAGAAAACAUCCGCUUAUUUUACCUGGUUCAUCUAUAGGACCAAUAAGCGGGCCAAUUUCAUUGGAUUCAAAUGGCUCUUAUGAUAUUUCAUCACCGGCUGAUCCUCCAAUGUCAACAUUCAAACCACAUUUACCUGCUAUGAAGCAUGGACUAUCUAAUGAAGCUCAACCUAGUUACGUUAAUUAUGUUCCUCCAAGAGGUCCGGAAAUUUCGGACAUUAAAUAUUCUAGUCCAGCCUCAACAAUGAGCCCGAAACGUAACCCGGUUCCAAAUCCACCCCCAAAACCAAAUAGAAGCUUUUUGAAUGAAGAGCCAUUGGAAUCUAAACAUCCCACCAGCACAGCAUCUGUGGAUAAUCACGCGUCGGUCAAACCAACACAACAAUUUAAUGAGACUAAAACUUAUGAUGGUGUUACCCAACCGCCAAUCAAAACAUCUUCAAUAAAUUGUCGUGUUUCUCCUUUAGAUUAUACUACUUCUGCUGCUAAUAAGCCUAGUCUCGUCCGUACCAUAGAUUCAAAAGAACCUGAUCCAGAUGAAGUUCGAGUCAUGCAAAAAGUCCUUGCAAAUGAAAUUCAGCUAUCCACCGAGGAAUGUAUAAAAAUACUUCGAACUACUGGCUGUGAUAUCCAUAAAGCAAUUAAAUGCGUAAGAUUACGUGAAACUUUGAAAAGCCAUUCAAUUGAUAUUGAUUGUAAUUGGGCCGAGAUGUUGGCACGUUUUAAUUGGAAUAUGCGACAAGCUUCAAACUACCUUAUCGCAACUCAAGGUCUACCUGAAGAUACAACUGAAGUAUGAACUAUUUCAAUCAAAGUAAAAUGCAAGCAACUGAUGGAAGGAAUUUAAUGAGAAACAACAACCUUCGAAUGAAUUUCAAAAGAUUAUCUGUCACAUUUUUUUCAAAGCAUUUCAGCCAGAUUUGAUUUCAUCUCUAUUUUCAUUGAACGAAAAAUAUUUUCACGGAUGGAUCGCUGCAACAUAUUCAGAUAAAGAUAAAUGAAGACACUGAAUGUCCCAACGCUUCUAAUGCGUCAGAUUUCAAGCACAAAUUGACCGAUAAUGAGAGCUUUUAUCGUUACCUAUACAAAUAUACUAGAAAUCUCUCCCUGUUGAUGAUGUAUCAAAGAGUUCCUGAUUUAUUUUAUAUCUACUUGAAAUUUGCCAAUCAUGCUAUUAUAUACUUUCUGUGUGUUUCUUCACUCAUCGAAAUAAUCAAAGCCAAUGACUUCACUGAUAGCUACGAUAAACUUUGGAAACGCCAAUUAGUCAACCCAAUCAAAAAUUGUGUUCAGAUUAACUUUCAGUGAUUUUCUGUUAAUCUUUCUUUACAAGCUACAAUAGGUCGGUCUAAACAAUCUGUCUUGUAAUGGUGAUCAAAUCCAUUUGAUUGGAGAUUGGAACUAAUUUUAACUUUUGUUAAUUUCUCCUAAACCAAAACCAUAUUAGACCAGUGCAAAGGUUUACUCAAUCAACGCAAUUUAAUGUAUAAUUUUUCUUUCUCAUUCUACAAAAUUUUUCACCAUCCCUAAUCAAAUCAUCCUUUUGUACUUAUUCUGCUCAUUUCUGAACUCAAGCAACUAGUCUUUACUCUUAAUGUGACUAAAUAUUAAUCUAUAAAAAAACUCUUUGACUAAUGUUACUCAUAACAAAGGUCCUAAGCAGCUCUUGAAAAUAUGCAUAACAAAUGUAAUAUUGGACCCCAAAUAAUGCAAUUAUUGUCUUGAUUAUCAUAGCGAAGAUGUUGCUCCAUCAAAAAAUACACAUUGUCUGUUGGCUAUGAAAUCUUUCCAAUAAUGACUCUGAAUUCAAAUUCCUCAAUUAAAUAGUACUUUGUUAUCAGCAAUAAAA